AUGAGUGACAAGUUUCCUUCUGAUCCGAUCAUUGCAGAUCGUUGGACAGAAAAAAUCAGACGCAAUCGAAAUGAUAGCAGUUGGAAGCCCACUAAAAAUACAAAAAUUUGUUCUUUACAUUUUAAGGAUGAAGUAAAGUAUAUUACUAAAUGUGGCCUAUGUAGAUUACGCAAGGGUGCAGUUUCAACUAAGGAUCUACCCGAUUUUAGCACGGAAGAGAAGAGUGAUGAUUUAAGCCAAGAGCAAAAUCAACCUCAGCCGGAAGCCUCAGGUUGUGAGAUGGACAAAAAUGUUAAUCUAAGCGCUUCAAUGACACCUUUAUCUUCAGAACUAGAUUCUAUUUUCGAUUCACCUAAAAAAGGCUUCACUACGGAGACAACUAAGAAAAAAGAUCUUUUUGCAACAAAAACACAGUAG